AGGGUGGGGCUAAUGUUGAGGGAAUGGGUAGUCUGCCAACAAAACACCAUCCUACAACAACCUUUUUCAUCUCUCCUUAAAUACAGGUUUGUGUCGUAAAUUUACGCUUUGCCUUCGUUUACUGUUUACGGAAAUCAGUCGACUCAAAUUAAGGCUUCGUCCUAAGUCAAUACAACGUAUUCAUACUAAGCUUGGAUACAUUCUAUACAUUGGCUGGCUUUUCUCUACCUCAGAUCAUAGAAGAGAGUUGAAUUUCUAAUGAGUUAAAUAAACCAGACGUUAGUUUGGCACCUAGUUGUGGAUUGUAGACAUUUAUUGAAACAUUUUUCAAAUCUUGGACACCGCUACGGAAUUCUUAACGAUUGUUUUUUUUAUCAUAACGAUGGAUUAUUUGAAUAAUAUUUUAAAAGAAUAAUCGGAUUUAUUGCUUUAGUAACUACUGUAACAUCGAAUUAACAAACAAGUGGGAACCAGAUUUAAUUUUAAAAACACUGGAUAAUAAUAAUCCACUGUUUGCGGAGUAAACGCAUAGGAUAUUAGAGGAAUAGUUCGUGUAUUAUCCAUAUUUAAAACGUAACCAAAAUGAAAAUACUGGCGGUUAUACUUUUAUUUUUACUGAGUGUAUUGACCGCAACUUCUAAGUCAUUAACGGCAUAUUUUGAAACAUAUCCAGAGGAAAAUAUAGGUAUAGAUAGUGUAUUUUUAACAGAAGGUGAUAUUCUAGCAGACAUGAGAAGGAAUGCUGUUAGAGAUAUACAUGCAACAUGGUUAAACAGAACAGUGCCUUAUAUCAUAGAAGAUACCUAUGAUCAUUCACAGAGAAUGGAGAUAAAGCUGGCUAUGACAGAGUUUGAAGAAAAGACCUGUAUUAGAUUUGUACCUCGUUCUGAUGAAACAGAUUAUAUUAUAAUCCGUUCCGAGAUGGGGUGUUUUAGUCCAGUUGGAAGACGUGGUGGGCAGCAGCUGGUAUCUAUUGGUCCAGGUUGUGAUCGGAAAGGGACCAUUAUGCACGAAUUGAUGCAUGCUUUGGGAUUUUGGCAUGAACACAGUCGACCGGAUAGAGACAGCUAUAUCACUAUCGCGUGGGAUAAUAUACCAGAAGAUCAUAAGAGUAAUUUCAGAAAGUAUACGGAAGAAGAUAUAGAUACUCUCGGAGCACCCUAUGACUAUGGUUCCAUUAUGCAUUAUAAAAAUAAUACUUUCGCCAAUGAUCGCUUUAAACCAACCAUUAAAAGUAAAUUCCCAUUGCCAGAUGGUGUUGAAAUGGGACAGCGUAUAGAACUAUCGGAUACAGAUAUACUUAAAGUAAACAGAUUAUAUAGAUGCAAUAUAACCCAUUGUCCUGAUGCUGGUGUUCCGAAGAUUGGGUACAGAAAAGGGGAUAAUUUUCAAGUAGCUAGUGCUGUUCAUUAUAACUGCUCAGCUGAUUAUGUACUAGUGGGAAGUCGAGCCAGAUAUUGUAUGGACAUUGGACAAUGGACUGGAAACUUACCUGUUUGUUUACCCUCUUACAAGGGUGGCAAACUUCACUAUUGUAAUUUUGACCGAAAUAAUUCUUGUGGAUGGAAACAGGACAAGCUGGAUAAUCAGGAUUGGACCUUUAAUAACCGUGAUACUCCAAGUGUACAAACGGGGCCUAAAGAAGAUCGGACAAUGGGAACACAAGAAGGUUAUUACAUAUUUCUGGAGAGCUCCAGGCCCUGUGAAGAGGGUGAUGCUGCAAGAUUAAUUUCUCCUAGUUUUGAUUUUUCUGGAACAAAAGCCUGCUUAGUGUUCUACUAUAGUAUGUAUGGGUCUACCAUGGGCCAGCUGAACGUUUACCAGCGAGUGAGUGGUAAAAACAUGAAGAAAUUUAGUCAAAGUGGUGACCAAGGUCAAGAUUGGCAUAUGACAGCAGUUGUUCUCGAUGAGUACAGUAGCUUUGAGAUUGUCAUUGAAGCUAUUGCUGGCACGAGUUAUAAGAGUGAUAUGGCAGUUGAUGACGUCAUUGUUGGCUCCUGUGAUAUCUUAUCAUCACUAGUAAAUGGGGACAUACAAGAUACGAUGUCAUGUGGUUUUAAUAAUGGUUUGUGUGGGUGGACUCAGGCCAAGGAUGACGUUUUUGACUGGGAAUUAAUGAGCGGUUCUACUUCAACGUUUAACACGGGACCAAAUUGUGAUCCGUCCGAUUGCAUUAAAGGUCAAUAUCUGUAUACAGAAGCAUCAGCGCCGAGAGUACAAGGUGAUACAGCAAUAAUUCAGUCACCGAUGUUAAGGGGUGGCUCUGAACGAUGCCUUGCUUUUUCCUACCAUAUGUUUGGCGAUUCUAUGGGCACAAUCAAAGUGUAUCUGUCAGAGUUUGGUUCAAAUAAAGAGUUGCUAUGGACGCGAUCUGGAGACCAUGGCACUGACUGGAUUCGAGAACAAUUAGAUUUUGUUCCUAAAUCGCUUUAUCAGUUGGUAUUUGAAGGCUCACGUGGUUCAAGUUAUAGAAGUGACAUGGCAAUUGAUAAUGUAGAUGUCACUGUUGGGAACUGUGCUGAUAUAUUAACAUUCGACUGUAAUUUUGAUCAAGACUUCUGUGGCUGGAAAAAUGUAAAAAGUCCCACCGAUAAAUUUGAUUGGUCGAGAAACAAAGGUGCUACUGGUACAACUGGAACAGGUCCCAGCAAAGAUCAUACUACUGGAAAUGGAUUUUAUAUAUAUAUUGAAACAUCUUUGAGAUUUCAAGGGGAUUUCGCUCGAAUCAGGUCUCCAACUAUUACUGACCGUAAUGUUGGACACUGUGUAGAAUUUUGGUACCACAUGUACGGAACACACAUAAAGUCACUGAGUGUGUUGAGGGAAUCAGAGGAAAAGGGGGAAGAAAAGUCUCUGUGGAGUGUAAGUAACAACCAGGGCGAUUGGUGGAGAAAACAUAGCUUAUUUGUAGGCAGUAUUGGCCAGGAUUUCCAUAUUAUUUUUGAGGCGGUAGCUGGUGGGUACAGGAGUGAUGUGGCUAUAGAUGACGUCAAGAUUAGAGCAGGGACAUGUUUCAGUUAUGACGACAGUAGUGGCAGUCCGCAAGGGCGAAUUUACAGACAGUUUCCACACAAGGGAUAUACGAGACGGUGAACAUUAACCCUCUUUAAAGAAAGAAAAACUAAACUAGUUCAUCUUUGUUGCGAUAACGUAAGCGAGGUCACAUAAAAGAUAUUUUUUUAAAAAAUGGCGCUUUAACCCGUUCUGAUAAAAGGCUGCUUUAUACCACCACACAGGAGUGGCUGCUUGCUUUUGUUGACAGAUGAAUGAAUAAAUAAUUUCAACCACAUUACUUUUGAGCGGUGAAUUUUGAAGGGAAAAUGGAAAAAAAUUGAUCUUUCACGUCAUUACGACAUUAGUUUAAGGCUUAUUCACUUGUAUUCCGUGUAUUAUUGUAAAUGCAAUAUUUAAAAUUGAUAUCUACUUAUUCACUUCUUUAUCAAUUGUGUAUCAACAUAAGUUACCCACACCAAGUGAUAAAAUAGUAAUUCAAAAGAUCGCAAUCCGUAGUCCCAUUACAAAAUUCAAAGCACAAAGUUCGACCGAAGUUAUCAGAAUAUAUCAUCUAUAAAUGCAUUUUCUUUAAACAGUCCUAGUGUUUGAUCGGUUGAUCUGUACUAAAAGCGCAUACUUACAUUUGUAGUAAACGCUCGGUCAGAUUCUUAACUUGUUAAGACUUCCAGUAAGCGUGAGCUCUGUCCAUUGCUUUUAAGUCCUUCCAUAGCAAGUUUAACAGUUCGUGUAUUCUCUGCUCUUUCUUCCGCAUUCGUGACGGUAACAUAAUGUUCCUAAUGCGUUCUUGUUGUGUAUAUGCCAUUACUGGAUUAAAUAUAUAAAUGUUAUUUUUAAGGUGUGAUAUGAAUUUCGUCAAUUAAUAUAUAUAUAUAUAAUGGAUGGGUUCAUCUUGAAAAUAUUAUCUGCUUGUGCAUUUGCGGUUAAUCGGUUAAAUAUCAGUCUAAUUAAAACCAGAUUGCAAUUUUGUUUCUUUUUUUAUACGCUCACCUUGAAAAGUGGUCGUAUACUGUCGUCGCCAUCGUCUUUCGGCCUGUCGUUCCGCCGUCCAUGAUUUCUUGUGAACACACUACAUACUACAUUCAUUAUCAUCUAAUCUACUUUAAUUCUAUGUUAUGUUGAAUAACAAUUUCUAAUUAUAGGUUAUAGAGUUAUUGCCCUGGGUUAUGUUAUAAAAUCUUGUCAACGCGCUAAUGAUGUCAGUAGGUAAAAGAUUUUACUUUUUGGUAUCUUAAAGAUUCAUGGUACGGGAAGACUUUUGGACUGUCCAGACAACUUAGCUGCUGUGAGCGUAUGUUUCGGUGCCUAGCAACCUAUAUUUCUUUCUUUCAUUAACACUACAUAUUACAAUCUAAUCAACUUUUUAUCAGCGGCGUGUUGAGCCAGAUGGUAUGACUGACGUUUCAUUUAAUUUAUUGUCUAUAAGUUUCACGUUCGUUACACUAAUGAAGAACAGAUAUACAUUUUACCAGUAUGUCAUGCUCGAUUUAUUUACAUGGAGUCAUUUCCCACAACCCUCUGCGAUUACACGGCUUUGAAAAUGACUACCACUAAUUUUAUUGGUCGAGUAGAUCAAAGGAAAUAUGUUAAACGUCAGUAUAUUAGUACAGCACCAGAAAUAAAAACGAAACAAAAUAGACAUCUGAUUUUAAUCAAAUUGUUUAAAUAUAUAAAUAUAUAAAUUUGUAUUUGUAAGAUGAAAUAAGACAAUUAACCAUUUAACUAAACAGUUGUUGACUUUUCAUCAAUUUAAAGAGGCAUUGUCAUUCUCGCAAAGCAAGAAAAUAUAUGUAAUAAAUUUGAUUAAAAUCAAAAUCAAAAUUACCUUCAAUUCCACUACUUCUUGCACAACCUAGAGCAGGUAUUUUGACAGUUUUGAAUUUGAACAUGCACCAUAUAACUAUAGUGAAACAAAACAUUAUUUUCACCAACCAGCCACAUACCAAAGUACUGCUAAUGCCUCUUUAAUAUUUUGUUUUUAUCAUUAUUAUAUUAUUUAUAAGAUAUGAGAUGAAAUUGAUAUGGUUUUUCUUUUUGUGAUAAUAUGAGUAAUGAACCUUGAAACUCCAACGGAUUAAUGUAAUAAAUAAAUUGAUGGGUU